UUACUGAGGGCGCAGAGUCAAAAAUAGCAAGUAGGUAAUAGGCGUAGCUAACGUUAGCUAUACCAGAGACGUGUAGCUAUAACUACAGGAAUAGUACCAGCGUUUAAGACAAUAUAAACGGAUUUUCAAGCGAGCAAAGUAUUGAAGACGUCAGCAUGAGCAGCUUUAGUAGACCAGACAGACACAGGGCCCCGCCAUUCACCAGGGCACCACAGCUUGGAAUGUCCAAGCAUGACCUAGAAAGAGACUCAGGCUUCUCAGAUGCCAGCUCUGAGUACCUCAGUACGGUCGAACUGACUGACUCUGAGGAAACAGGAAGGAAUGGGUCACUAGUUGGCCAGGAACCAGCCGGCCCGCAGGUGGCUGUGAUGGGAAGCUCAUAUGCUGGACUGUCUCCAAUGAUCAUCAUGAACAACUUUGUGUUGAAGCAGCCACCACCCAUGGCUCCAGCAGAAAAACAGUGGGGGUUUCCUUCACCCUUGGAUGUGAUGCCCCAGUCACAGGUGGUUCUUCUUCAACCCAUGGUAUCCAAUGGCAACAGCAGCUCUCCUCCUAAGGCCAGUGCUGACAACGCAAGACAAUCAAAAAGCUACAUGCCCAUCCUCAAGUCAUAUCCCAGAAUCGCCCCACACCCUGUGGACACACCCACUAAGAGAGUGGGAUCUUCGAGGGUGAGGGGUAGUCCAACAUCAGGAUCUGACCAACGACAGAGGAGGCACCAUCAUGGCCACAGGCCCUAUAGCUCCCCCAGCCCGCUGCCGGCACUGCAGACGACAGCUCAGCCCAUCUCCAACUUUGAAGCAGCAACCAGCCAAGCACAGGCAGCUGAGAGUCAGGAGCAGCUCGCUAACAAGCCUCUGUCCUCACUAGCAGGAACCAGCUCUCUGCUCUCCUACUCAGAUGAAUUUAGGAUUGUAACAGACAGCAACACGAUGCUUGAUGACAAAUACCACGAUGCCGUUUCGAUGCACAGCAACAAACUGAAACGUUUCAGCAAUACCUAUAACAUUCUCAACAAGUCCGGCUUGCUGGGGAUUACCAUGCGCACAAAGCAGCUGAUCAAGGAGAAUAAGCGUACCCAGGGCCAACUGCAGCAGCUCCAGGAGCAGACGGCUCUGCUGCUGGAGGCUCUGAGCAGUGGAGACCCACAGCUCUGGACUAAACUCCAGCUCUCUCUACACAACACAGAGAAGGAACAGUGGGGGGCUAAUGCCCAGAGAGUCCUGGCUUAAUUUGUGGACAUGACCAGCAGUUCUGAAUCCGGAUGCAGGAGGAUCAGUCAGAAGGUUCUGAGGUGAUGUAGUGAAUGUGAUAAAUCAGUUAAACUAAACUGUAUUAGGAGCUUUUACACUUUGAUCUGAGCGUAUUAGUCGUAAAUCGUCAGGAACUCAGAAACAUUUAGAACUGCUGGUUUGCUUUGAAGCUGAAGCACAUCCACAAUUACAACGUGGGAGUUAAGAAGCAUGCUUGUGUUUCAAACCCUUGCCUAUAAUGAAUUUUCUUGCCUCUGCUGUUUCAGAAUAGCAAGUAUCACUUGCAAUAGGGCUAUGGCUUCUAUACAUGAAACUCCUAAUCAACAUUUACGCAUGCCUUACAGCACACAUGAAGACACAUGGGGUGAUUUCCUUAUACAUGCCAGGAAUGGUAUGGCUAUAGAGAGGAUAUGAGCAUAAUUUGUACCUUUUAGAUAAAAUAGAAAACCUGAUGGAUACACGUCCAUCAUGCAUCCUUAAUCAAGAGGUCAGUGUCUCGUCAGGACUUUCUAUAUUCUUUAUUUCUGAAUUGGAGCAGAUGCCUUCUUUGUUAUUAAGUGUUUAUAGUGAAGAAAGGGUCACAGUGAGACUUCAGAAGGCUUGCUAAAGCGUAACAUAGAUUUUAUUUUUUCUAAAUAUAAUUUUAUUAUUAAUUGUCAGUAUUAUUUAUUUGUGGUAAUGUUUCUGACCAAGAUUAAAGCUGUGUGAAUGAUGUAAACAAAGCAAGUUUAUUGUAAGGAUUUUGCCAGUUAAGUGAACUUCUCUGAAAAGAUGCCUACAUACGAAUUAGCGAAAGCUUAAAUUGUAGCAAGUGAAGUGCUGUAGCCAUAUAUUUGUCUUGCCUUGGGUUGGGCUCUGUUGCUGCCACGUUCAUUCCUCCUGUAGUUUUAUGCUCAAUAUGAUGUAGUACUGAUUGGAAGUUUAAGACAAAGAAAUAACACCUAAAUGUUUUGGUUUAGUUUCAUAUUACAAAAUCUUGCACUUUAGACAAAAGGUUACUGACUUGUUUUUCUAAAUGAGCAUUAUGGCUUGAUAAAAUAAUGUGAAUAUUAACGUCUAUCUGGAUGCCUGUGCCUUUAAAUGUGUUUGUCUUCAUAUCAGUGCUUGAGCAGCUUAGAUUCAUGUAUUUCUUUUUAGGCAUCAUGUUGAAGAGAAAGCUGAAUGUAUUUAAGGGUCUCCAAAGAAUAAAUGUCCCUUUUUGAAAUUAUACAACAAACCAUUAAGAACUCGGGGUUGACUGAUGUUUUUCAGAGCUAAUAUUAUUUGUAAUCAAUAAUACAAACUGCAAAAGAAAACUUCACAUUUAUCCUUCAGUUCUGAUGUAAAUACAGACUGCAUCUACUUUGCUUUAAUGCCAGUGUUGUGCAUUUUAAAAUAGUUUUAUUUUGGGGGGUGAAUUGUUGCACGAUGAUGCUGACAGUCAGACAAAUGCAUUUGAUUGGAUCUGGGAAAUAAUCAGUCGACUCCUAUGAGAAGCAAUUUAAGUCUUAAAUGGUUGAGUUUUAAAUGAAAGUCCAGGCACCUUGUUUUAUUUGUUGCUACUAUUGUAAUAUUUUGUAAUUAUUAGUCACUGUAAACUAAGAAAUAAUGAAAUAAUUUCUUUUGAUUUUAAGUUAAUGUUUUGUUUUUAACAUUGCAAAAGGGUCGUGAUAAGAAGAUUACAUUUCUGAUCAUUUUUUCCUGUUAAUGUAAAGUGUGCUUUCUGUAUCUCCAACAAAAAUCACUCACUUAAACUGUUCUAAAACUUCGCAGACCCUUUCCUUUUGCUCAUCUAUUGCACUUUUCUAGCUCAGAAUGUGUCAUUAUUAAAGAAAAAAAGUAA